GUGACGCUGAAAACUCCGAUUCAGGACCCGCAGCGCUCGGCUCUGUUCUGGCACUUCAAUAACGGGAAGGAGAUCGUAACUGUCGCCUCGGCGAGCUCCUCCACGCUCAGACUGAACACGUCCUACGAGGGCAGAGCGUGGAUUAAUGCAGCCAACGGCCACCUGACCCUGGGCGCGCUGACGCCGCAGGACAGCGGGGAAUAUAUCAUCACCAUCGUAUACAAACACGGUCAGAGCGACGCCGCAAAGAUACGCCUCACGGUCUCAGGAAGCCGGCACGGAGGACAUCCACGCUCUUCACCCGUCACACGUGGACCCUCAGUCCUCAGCACGUACGGCCAAACCGUGUCAGGGCCAGGUGUGGCGGUCCCGGCUGCAACAAUGACAUCUCCACCCACCGGCACCACCCCCACGCCAGCUCUCCCUGAGCAGAUCCCAGAUUACUUUGUGUCUCUGGUUGUGUGUGUGGUUGUGAUCGUCGUGCUGUCGGCUGGCUUCCUGCUGCUCCUCUACAGAUGGAUGGAGAACAGGAAAAACAGGAAAUCAGAUGGAAGACAGGUGGAGUUACCUGCAGCCCAGCAGAAGAGCAGAGCUCCAGGAUCCACGUGUGAAGACUCCACCUAUGAGACCAUGACUCCAGUCCCCACAGACCAGGAGCACAUCUACUCCACCCUCACCGACAUGCAGUACAUGUCACAUGUGCGAUUCAGUCCGACGGACACAAUUUCCUGCAAAUCGGUAACAUCCCAGUAUGUGGCUACAUUUGUUGGUGGAAACUUGAAAGUGCCUCCAGCGUACACGGGGAGAGUUUCGCUUAACUCCACCGACGGCUCCUUGACCCUGUCCGCCCUGAAGCCUGGGGACAGCGGGGACUAUAGCGUCUCUGUGAUAACAUCUGAUGCCAGUACUCUACUCGGAGAGACUAAACUUCUGGUGGUCGAGCCCGUCUCCGACGUGGUCAUCAAGUCCAACGUCCCUGAUGCCAUUGAACACAACACCACUGUGAUUCUUACCUGCAGCGCUAAAGGCUCCUCGCUCAGCUUCAAAUGGACCAAAGGCAGCGCGCCCAUCGUGGUCGACGGCACACGCGUCACAGAGACGAAGACGAACUUGUCCAGCGUGCUGACCAUCAAAAAUGUUCUGAGGACGGACCUGGUGGGUCCGAUCUACUGCGCAGCAUCUAACUCGCUGACAACGAAAUCUACCGCCACGCCUUUCAACCUCACCGUCUACUACGGACCUGAUGAUGUCACCAUCACGCCUGCAAAUCCACCCAAGUUCAUCCUGGCUGGUUCCGUGUUCAACCUGACCUGCUCGGCCAGCUCCCUGCCGCCCGCCUCCUUCACAUGGUACUAUAACGGGACGAGGAUCGAGACUCCCAGCUCCGUCCUCACUCUGGAUACGAUCAAAGCCAAAGGGUACACGAAGGCGGCUGACUACACCUGUCGGGCUGAAAAUCCCCAGAGCAAACGCAGCGUCGCUUCCCCGGCUGUUUCCUUCGCCAUUAUGGAGGGAAUCUCGAGAGUUGAAAUCAUCGGUCCGACUGGUGUGCUCAUCGCCGACAACAGCACGGCAAACCUCAGCUGCCAGGCGACGGGGGGCACGGUGGGGGACAUAGACUGGCUGAAAGAUGGUAAAGCUCUCGGGCCUUCCAGCCCUCGUGUGGUUUUUGCCGCUGAUAAAAGCUCUAUGCUGAUCAGGCCGCUGCAGAAGGACGACAACGGAAAGUUCACCUGUCGGGUCAGCAACGCCGUCAGCAGCAAGGAAGCCCACUACAACAUGCAGGUCGUCUAUGGUCCUGAACAACCAAUUAUAACGGCUAAAAAAGCCGUGGAAGUCAAUCAGCGAGUGGACCUCACCUGCUCCGCUGCAUCUGUUCCUCCUGCCAACUACACCUGGAAGUUAAACGGCACCGCAACUACAACCACAGCGCCGGUGUUCGUUAUUACAAGUGCAACAUACCAAGACACUGGAACGUACACAUGCGAGGCACGCAACAUCAUCACCAGCAAGACCACCUCCAACACCCACAACCUGUCUGUCCAAGGGGAGGGGACGCUGGAUGGUCUCUCAGAUGGAGCCAUUGCUGGAAUCGUCAUCGCUAUCAUCAUUGCUGUGGCCCUCGUUGUCGUAGGCGUCCGGUAUUACUGCCGACAGAAAGUCCCGAUGUCCUCGCCGUACUAAAGAAGACGUCCUGAUUGCUGCCGGCCUACAGUUCCCAUAAUUGUAUUUCCCAUGAUUCACCUGUGCAGCCGGAGGAACAGCCAGACGGAUCCAGCUGGUUUCCUGCGAAGCCUCGUCCCUCUGUCCCUCUGUCCCUCUGUCUGCCGUCUGUCUCAGCGGAAACACCAUUUAACCCAAACCAUGGAUUUAAUCAGGGCUCAAGUUGCUUUUUAUUUCACUUCUCUCUCUUUGGAGCUUUUUAUUUUUACCUCCACGUUCCUGUAUCACUGGAUCCUCCUCUCUUCUUCUUCUUCUUCUUCUUCUUCUCUCGCUGUUAACAAACUUUAUUCUUCGUCUCACCGCCGCCUCCUCUGCAAAACUCACAACACCGAGAAACUGAGACUGAGACGCUUCCUGAGCUGAAGCUGACGCACUGACAGCUACAAUGAGUGACUCUCUUUAUCCUGCUGAAACCUGAGGAGGACACACACGCACACACACAUGCAUGCACACACACACACACGCGCACACACACACACGCGCACACACACACACACACACACACACACACACACAGCUGCGAUGCCUGGCUGAUCACAAACACAAAGGAGGCCACACAUGUAGAAAUUUCAGGCGUCCAGGGUUAAAAUAAUGCUGCGGUUUGGUUUAUCUCUUGGUCUGUGGCAGGUGGGUGGAGCCUGUGUGAUGGGGGACAUUUCAAAUGCAGCAGAGCAUUUUAAAGUAAAGGUUUAGAGGCUUCCCUGGAAGCUUCGUGGGAUCCCACAUACCUCAGUUUAUCCUGGCAGUGUUUAUUUUUAGCAUUUAUAGCGUUCCUGGUUCAGCCAUCAUCCACCGCGGGCAGAUAAAACAUGGAGUGAUGUUUACUCAGGCUGCUCAUUUUGAAAUCGCCAACAGUCCGGUCAGACAGUCCCCAUCAAAGGUGUGCACGCGAUCCACGAGUGAAAGCGUCUGCGCUCAAUCCUGCGUCGUGCAGGCUGCGAUCGGCGCUUCUCCUGAUAAACAGCAUCGCACGGCCUGCUGUUUCUAAUAUUUUGUCCGUCCCUCUCACAUGAGAGAAACAGCAGCUGGUGCUCAGCCCGAUCUGAGCGCGCUCACUUUUACUCUGAUUACCUGCAGUAACUGGAAGCUCAGUCUGUGAUUAAUGAGGGGUGCUGUCAGCCCACCAAUCAGAGAGCAGGUCUCAAACUCCCUGAAAGCACUAACAGUGAAACACAUGAACACAUGUAACACCCCAGUAACCACACACACACACACACGCACACGCACACACACACA